AUGCCACCGCCAGCAACCCAAGCUGCCAAAACGGCAUAUAGGACUUUCCGAGAGCUCCAUGGCGUGGUGGUGACUGCGGGGCUGAUGGACAAGACGGUGAAAGUGCGGGUGGGUGGGCAAAAGUGGAAUGGCUUUCUUCAAAAGUACUUCAAUGACCCCAAAACCCACCUCGUCCACGACCCCAACAACUCCCUCCGCCUCGGCGACGUCGUCGCCAUCACCCCCGGCUGGCGCGUCUCCAAGGACAAGCGGCACGUGGUCAAGCACAUCAUCGCGCCCGGGUCGGGCGUGCCCAUCGAGGGCCGCGCGCCGAUCCCGACCGAGGAGGAGCGGUACGCGCAGCGCGAGGCCGACCGCCUGGCCAAGCUGGAGCGGCGCAGCAUCAACAAGACGGUGGAGAAGGCCGAGAAGCAGGUGGGCGUGGCGGAGCUGAUUCUCAGGAAGGCGAGGAAAGAGUUUGCGCUGCGGACGAGGUUAAUGGGAGUCAGUCUCGAGGGGGAAAAGGCUGGGGAUCCCGCGGCGGGGGCGCCACAAUGA